AUGGCCCCGAAGGAGGUCGGCGCCACCGGCGACCUGUGCGGCCCACAGGCUGGUUGGAGCGGCGCCCCUCCUUCCUCCUCCCACGCCGGCGAAACCAUGGCGCUCGCAGGUCCAUGGCGGCGCGCGGCUGCGGCGGCCGGCGGUGGAGGCAUUGCGUGGCGAGGUGGCCACGGCGCGGCCCAGCGAGGCGGCCGGGCCUCGAGCUCCGCCGGACCUCUCCUCGAGCCGGUACGCGAGGUUCGGCAGCGGCACGAGCGGGGAUCGGCAGGGGCGCGUGGGCGGGGUUCAACGGCGUCGAGCUUGGCGGCGGCACGCGCGGGGUUCGGCAGCGUCAAGCUCAACGGCGGUGCAGCACGUGGAGCAGCUCCGACCAUGUCACGCCGCCCCCCUCCGCGCCCCUGCACCGCCCCCUCUGCCCCCUCCAGCCGCCGGCAGGAGCGCGGCAUCGGGUACGGCGGCGGGAGCGCCGGCCGGCGCGAGCGGCUCGGAGCGGGGGCACGCGGAGGCAGAUGA